UACGUAUCAAGAGAUCCACUCUCACGAUUGUGUUUGCUGGUUGCCACUGUAUUAUUUGGAUACGAUGUCGUUGUUGAUACCGCGCUGACUGGAUCUUGGACAUCAUUCCGGCAAUGCGGUGGUCGUCGCGAGAGUUCACGGGACCAUGAAGUAUCUGAGUGGCGUCAAGGUGUCACGGUUACAGGACUCAACGACAUUGGGAUGUGA